UAAUUUUUGAUCUUGGAAAUAUAUAGUUUUUCAACAAACAUGCCCUUAUCGUUAAAACGAUAGCAGUAAAAAUUGACCUAAAGCGAUUCGAAACAGUUAAGCGAUGGCCAGCGGAGAGGUUUUUGCUUACCGGUAAAUUUAUUAUAGUUUCAGCAAAUCUACACCUUCACCUUCGCUUUUCUUGAUUCCGAAAAGAUUAUAAUUUACUGAAAGUGCCAAUUUUAUCACGCUAAUCAUGGCUUCAGAUGCGGAUAUGGAGGAUUAUGGAUUCGAGUACUCCGAUGAGGAGCCUGAGGAACAAGACGUUGACAUCGAGAAUCAAUAUUACAAUUCCAAAGGUUUGGUAGAAACAGACCCUGAAGGAGCGCUUGCUGGUUUUGCUGGAGUGGUUAGCAUGGAGCCCGAGAAGGCUGAGUGGGGAUUCAAAGCUCUGAAGCAAACUGUAAAGCUCUAUUACCGUUUAGUGAGGUAUAAGGAAAUGAUGAACGCUUACAGGGAGAUGCUAACAUACAUCAAAUCAGCAGUGACACGAAAUUACAGUGAAAAAUGUAUAAACAAUAUUAUGGAUUUUGUUUCCGGAUCAGCUAGUCAAAGUUUUGCUCUCCUGCAAGAAUUCUAUCAGACCACUCUGAAGGCCCUUGAAGAAGCAAAGAAUGAGCGACUUUGGUUUAAGACGAAUCUUAAACUUUGCAAGAUCUGGUUCGAUACGGGUGAGUAUGGGCGAAUGAACAAGAUUUUGAAGGAGCUUCAUAAAUCUUGUCAAAGGGAAGAUGGUACAGAUGAUCAAAAGAAGGGAAGUCAGCUUCUGGAGGUAUAUGCAAUUGAAAUUCAAAUGUAUACUGAGACAAAGAACAACAAAAAGCUCAAGCAAUUAUACCUUAAAGCACUUGCUAUCAAGUCUGCAAUACCACAUCCGAGGAUCAUGGGAAUAAUCCGUGAAUGUGGUGGCAAGAUGCAUAUGGCUGAGCGUCAAUGGGCUGAGGCAGCAACAGAUUUCUUUGAAGCUUUCAAGAACUAUGAUGAAGCUGGGAAUCAGAGACGCAUACAAUGCCUUAAGUACCUUGUUCUGGCUAAUAUGUUGAUGGAAUCUGAAGUUAAUCCUUUUGAUGGUCAGGAGGCAAAGCCGUACAAAAAUGACCCUGAGAUUUUGGCGAUGACAAAUCUUAUAGCAGCCUAUCAACGAAAUGAGAUAAUAGAGUUUGAAAAAAUCCUUAAGAGUAACCGAAGGACAAUCAUGGAUGAUCCUUUCAUUCGAAAUUAUAUUGAAGAUCUAUUGAAGAAUGUCAGAACUCAAGUGCUACUUAAGCUUAUAAAACCAUAUACAAGAAUCCGGAUCCCUUUCAUAUCAAAGGAACUCAAUGUGCCAGAAAAAGAUGUUGAGCAGUUGUUGGUUUCUUUGAUCUUGGAUAAUCGUAUUGAUGGGCAUAUUGAUCAAGUGAAUCGGCUGCUGGAGCGUGGUGACAGGUCAGCCCUAUUUCCUAUUAUUUACUAGUAGUAGUAGUAGUAGUAGUAGUAGAUUUGGUUGAAGUUGAACCAAUGUCAAUAUUAUUUUUGG